UGGUGGUUCAGCUCAGCUUGUAGGGUCCUAACCAUGAUUACCCAUUUCUCAUGGCCUCCUUCUUCCCACAGGGUCCUAUGGUUGUGGCAGAAAUGCUUAUGGACCCUGUGCAGGGCCAUGUGGUCUUUGAGGACGUAGUCAUACAUUUCUCCCAGGAGGAGUGGGGGCUCCUUGAUGAGGCUCAGAGACGCCUAUACCACAGUGUGAUGCUGGAGAACUUUGCACUUUUGUCCUCCAUAGGCCGUUGGCAUGGAGCCCUGGCUGAGGAGGCACCUUCAGAGCAAGGGGAUUCUGUGGGAGUGUCACAGGUCAGGACUCCAGAGCCAGAUCCAUCCACCCAGAAGUCUCAUUCUUGUGAGAUGUGUGGCCCUCUCUUGAAAGACAUUUUGCACCUGGCUGAGCUGGACAGCGCACACCCUCAGCAAGAGGUGUACAUACGUGUGGCACUUUCCAAGUGCCAUAAGGAGCAACGUGGAAAGAAAACGUCUGGAUGGGAUGAGCAGAGACCUUCAUUCGUGAAGAACUGCGGUGUUCACACGGCAGAGAGGACCUUGACAUGCAGGGAGGGUGGGAAGGACUUCCCAGCCAGCUCAGGCCCUCCCCUGCACCAGGCCCCUCACAGUGGAGGGAAGCCACACGGCAUGGAGGGCAGGGAGACCUUGGAAAAUGGGCAAAAUGUUUCCAAGUGUGAUGAAGGAAAAACCUUUAGCCACAAACACAUACUUCUUGAGCACCAGAAAAUGCACACUGAAGCAAGGCUCUGUGAGCCCCUCAAAUGUGGGGGAUUCUUUAGGCAAAGGUCUGGCCUCAUUGAACACCAAAGAGUUCACAGCAGGCCAAUGCGUUAUGAGUGUACCCAGUGUGGGAAAUGCGUUAAAGACAGCUCCACGCUCCUUAUUCACCAGAGAGUUCACACUGGAGAAAAGCCAUAUAAGUGCAGUGAAUGUGGUAAGUCCUUUAGGUACAGCUUCACACUCAAAAGACAUCAAAGAGUUCACACUGGAGAAAGGCCGUAUGAGUGCAGCAUAUGCCAGAAAGGAUUCGUGGACAUCUCCACACUUGUUAUUCAUCAGAGAGUUCACACGCGGGGAAGGCGUUUUGAGUGUAGCAAAUGUGGAAAGUUCUUUAGGUACCGCUUCACCCUUGAGCGGCAUCAGAAGGCUCACAGCGGAGAAAGGCCUUACGAGUGCAGCGAAUGUGGGAAGCUCUUUAGGCACAACUCCAAUCACAUCAGACAUCGGAGAAACCACACCGGGGAGAGGCCUUAUGAGUGCAGUGUCUGUGGUAGACUCUUCAGCCAAAACUCUCAUCUCACUCGGCACCAAAAUGUUCACACCAGAGAAAAAACUUAUGAAUGUAGUGAGUGUGGGAAAUUCUUUAUGGAUGGCUCCACCCUCAUUAUUCAUCAGAGAGUCCACACUGGAGAGAAGCCUUACGAGUGCAGUGAAUGUGGGAAAGUCUUUAGAUACAACUCCAGCCUCAUUAAACAUCGGAGAAUUCACACGGGGGAAAAGCCCUAUGUGUGCCACGAUUGUGGGAGAGGCUUUAGGCAGAACUCCCACCUCAUUAGGCACCAAGAAGUUCACAGCAAAGUAUCGCAAACCAGAAAAGACUUCAACGAACAGUCUGCUCUGACUUAGCACUGGGAAGUACUGCUGUGCAGUUGUGGGUUUUUUUCAAUUGUGUCUUAAAUACCUGUAAGAUAAAAUUUGCAGUCUUAACCAUAUUUAAGGGUAAGGUUCAGUAGUGAUAAUAUAUUCACAGUUUUGUGCAAC